UUUUUUUAUGUAACUUGUCUGUUUAUAACCUGCUGCCUGUCUUUGAACUGUGUCUGUUGCUGCUGUGUUCUGACGUCUUUGGUCGCCUGCUGCAGGUCUGUGUCUGUGUCUUUUUGCAAUUCAGGCUGAUUUCUGCAAUGAAGAAUCCACGUUAGAACCACAUUUCAAUAACAGUUCGAGAAAUCUCAACAGUCUUUCAUACGGACAGCUGGACGUCUGAUGCGUCGAGGGAGUUUGUUGACGCCACUCUCAGAAAGGCAGAAAGUGGAGGUCCGUGGUGUCAAAUGGAAAUACUGACGCUUUUUCUCAACCACUAAAGGCAGCCGGGCCGAUCAGACAAGCUGUCGUAAACACUGAAUGUGAGUGACAGAAUCUGCACGUCUCACAACAUGUGAAUUAAACACAAUGCAAAUACAUUCUGGCAUUCGCUUGGAGGCCACAAGCUCGAGCAUUCAAACCGGUCUGAGGUCUAUUUAGGGCGAGACGUGACAGGCGAGACAAUCAUGGAAUCAAUGUUGAGACUGUUUUCCCCUCACUGACAGAAAAUACAUAUUAUGGUCUGUAUUUUACGACACCUGCAUACAUUCGAUUAGCUCAUUUGCAUAUUUGAUUAUCUACAUUUUAAAAAACACAAUAAACUGAGACGUUGUCAUGGCGAUAUUAGUUAAAGUUCCCAUUCACCUACAAUGUCCAGCCUUAAAUGUUCCCCUGUGCAGGUUAACAUCCGUUUCCUCAGUUAUUCCCCCUGAAGUAGCUCAAAGGUUGAAACCCUCCCCAGCUCACUCUGUCUAACAGUGUUGUAUAUUAUCUUGUUCGGUCGGACACUCUCUGUUCUGAAAAAUUUGGGAUGCAGAGACAACAAGCAAAGAGAAAAUGGUUAAAGGAGCUGAAUGUCAACGUGCUGGUGAGGGAAGUUCUCACAUUUAUUACAACCCUGCUCUGGAGAAUACAAACGUUCAUUAUGUUUCCUGUUAGUGAGGCUUUAAACAUGUACAUCAUGAGGAAAAGCACUUUAUAGUUCCUCUCAGGCCAGACUGUGUUUGCUGAGCAAUACUUGUAAUAUUUGAAAAAUCAAUAACAAACGCUGACCAUUUUCACAGCAAGUUGCCAUGGAGACGGCCAACUUUGUCCGAGACAAAUUAACCGAGUGGGGCCUCGGCGACUUCAUGCAGAGAUUUGAAGAUGAAGCCAUUGACAAGGAGACUUUUCUAAGUCUUGGAAAUUCGGGGAGACUUAAUGUCUUGAUCGCAAAAAUUGGACCAAGAGUGAAAUUCCGAAAGAGACUCAAAGAAUACUUACAGAUGGAGACGUGUCACUUUGUCCAGAACAGAUUAACCGAAUGGGAUCUCAGUGAGCUGAUUCAGCCGUUUGAAGAAGAAGGCAUUGACAAGGAAACCUUCCUCAGUCUGGAGGAAUCCGGCAGCAUCAGUGUUUUGAUUCCUCAGAUUGGACCAAGAGUGAAAUUCAAAAAGCGACUCAGAGAAUAUUUACAGGCCCUGAACAGCAGAGAUGGUGAGACGAUGGACACCAACUCAGAGCCCGAGUACAGCACCGAAACGGAUCCAUCUGUUUCUCUGUGGAAUCUGGAGCCAACACCCGACACGGAAAGCAGCACUGACACGGAUGAGGAGCCGGUGUACCCCGGGGCAGCAGUGACCCGAGGCCGAGGCCUGCUCGCUGUCAUGCUGUUCAUUUUGCGUCACCGUCUGACUGCGGCGGUUCAGGGAAGCUUACUGGCUCUGCUGAAUUUUCUCAUCCCUACUCUGGUUGCUGAGUCUAAGCAUCUACUUGACAAGAUUGCAGGCAUGUCCACCGUGUUUUACUGCCAGUCCUGUCAAAACUACAUGGGACAGAACCCCGGUGGAUUUUGUCUGCACUGCGCCACAGUUUUCGACAAAGCGAGCAGCAUUCAAAACGGAAACUUCUUUUUGUUCGCAUCCCUGAAAGACCUUCUCACAGACACCCUGAAGAACCACGGUACGGAGUUGUUACCUAAAACAGUCAAACAUGGGCAUGGAAUUGCAGAUGUGAUGGACGGGAUGCUGUACCAGAACCUGGUCCAACAAGGAACGCUGGCUGCAGAUGACCUCACCCUCUUGUGGAACUGUGAUGAGGUACCGAUUUUUACCUCACCGCAAUACUCAAUCUGGCCCCUUCAGUUUACCAUUAACGAACUUCCCUACACACAAAGACAGGAGAAUGUGAUAGUUGCAGGACUGUGGUUGGGCCAAGAGAAGCCUAAGAUGAACACAUUUCUAAAACCUUUCGUAGACGAAUGCUGUGAUUUAGCCCAACAUCCGCUUCAGUGGAGGGACUGCACUGGCACCGCUCGCUCCUCAAAAGUCUUCUCCUUGGUUUGCUCCUCGGAUGCCGUGGCGAGGCCUCUCCUCCGGAACUGCAAACAGUUCAACGGAGAGUAUGGCUGUGACUGGUGUUUGCACCCCGGCACAGUGGUUAAAAAGGGCUCCGGAUCCAUGAGGUCUUACCCGUACGAUGAGACGAAACAAGCAGCGAGGUCCAAGGAAAUGUUUCAGCAAAAUGCAAGACAGGCUGAAAGGUUCACGAACCCACAGAAUGGGGUCAAAGGCCUGUCUUUGCUUUCCGUACUUCCCUUGUUUGAUAUCGUGCUUGGAUUUGUACCUGACUACAUGCAUUCAGUUCUGCUUGGUGUGUGCAAACAACUUGUGUGUCUGUGGUUGGACCCAGUCAGCUCUGGGAAGGACUGGUAUGUGGGUCGGCACGUCUCACAAAUGGACUCCCGUCUUCUCGGUCUGAAGCCGCCAUCAGAGAUGAGGAGGCCUCCGCGGUCACUGAAGUGUUACGAGUGUUGGAAAGCAUCAGAGUGGCGAGCAUUCCUUUUGUUUUAUGGCAUUAGCGUCCUGCCAGGUGUCCUACAACCCAGAUAUCUGGAGCAUUUUGUUUGUCUAUCACUCAGCAUUCACGUUUUGCUCCAAGAAUCAGUGUCCCAGCAGGACCUCCAGCUGGCCCAUCAGCACCUGGUACACUUUGUGAAAGACAUGAAGGAACUUUAUGGUGAAGAGAAUGUGUCCUUCAACUGUCACCAGUUAAUCCAUUUAUCUGAAAGUGUGCGUAACUGGGGGCCUCUCUGGGCAACAUCAGCAUUCACCUUUGAGAGAAACAACGGAAACUUAAGAGCUCUGCUAAGUGACACAGACUACAACCCUCGACACAUCUACCAGAGGUUUCUCUGGUGGCACCGCAUACCCAGACACCUUCAUUCUGGGGUUUUUAACCGACAUCUAGACUUUGCAGAGUUAUUAGCCCAGCGCUCGCCCUUAAACGAUGACAGUGGCUCUUAUGAGCCCCUCGGAAAAUCACGACAUUUGGAUAUUACAGGAUCUGUAACACAAGCAAUAGAAGAACUCUUAAAUCGACCAGUUCUGGUGAAAUCCGUCGAAGCAUUCGACAGCUUCACUUAUAGAACCACCGUUUAUCUCUGUACCGGCGGCAAAGAGUCUCACAGAACAGAUGGGGCUGUUAAACUCAAGGAUGGCUGCUGUGGAGAAGUGCAGCUGAUGCUACUCUGUAAAGAGAACUGCGUUUGCACGUCCAGCUGCCUUUGCCGGACGGUUCCCGUCGUCGUGGUGCAGCUCUAUGAUGUCAAAGCUGCCACGCCGUUCAGCAGCACGAGCCCUGACACAGCAUCACAGGCGACCUUCCUAAGAGUUGAAAGGACAAAUCGACCCAAAGCGUUCUUCUUAGAGGACAUAAGAUGUAAAUGUAUGUAUGUGGACGGCUGGCUGGUGUCUCUGCCAAACACAUAUGAGAGAUAUUAGAGUCGCUGUGGGUGGAGGCCGACGGCAGCAGCAGGUUGCUGGUAUCUAAAUGUGACUGGGUCAGUGAUGCAGCAGUGGUUCUGGGUCAAUAUAUAUGAGUUAUUGUGUUUGUAAUACAUAAUAUGCCGUAUAUACUUUUAUUUAUUGUUAUUACAUGCAUUGUUAUAAUUACAAAA